UGGAAGUGGACACUUGUUUGCAUGUUUACUGACGUCGAUCUCUGACCAGUCCAAUGUCCCAAUAUCAUACUUUCUUCUGACAGUUGUCUUCGGCACUUCUCUUCUUCCCUUCCGUUCUACGCUCCUUCGUUCUCUUUUUGACCAUUUUCCUCUAUAUUAUUCUCCGUCCUCCGAUUUACCUCUCGAUUGACCUCCGCCAUUGGAUUUGGAGCUGUCCCGGUGACAUUGACUCUAUUGGAGAGGACCACAUUUCCGUUAGCUGCAGUCUAUCGUUCAGAAUUAUUCAAAACUACCUGCCCCUACGAUCUUUUGUAUCGGCAACUUUCUAAAGCGUAACCCUUAAUUACUACGUCACAAUGCUGCUCCCGCAGCUCUCUUCGCUCCUGUGCCUUGCUGGCCUGGCGACUGUUCCACUAGCCAAUGCUUAUGACGGCGAUGAGAAUAUCAAGAGCAUUCCACUUCGAACUCACAGUCUCGCUCCGCCAUACCUCGAUUCAGAUUUCCAAAGCCGCUGGUUCGAUUUUGGUGGUGACACGAUAAUCCGCGCAGACAAAUAUAUUCGUCUUACGGCCGAUCGACCAUCGCAGCAGGGAUGGAUCUUCUCCCGAGUUCCCCUUACUGCGACAAAUUGGGAGAUUGAACUCGAAUUCAAACUUCAUGGAAAUGGAAAUCUGCACGGUGAUGGCUUUGCCAUGUGGCUCACCAAGCAGCGCGCUACGCAGGGUCCUGUCUUUGGGUCCACGGAUAACUUUGAGGGUCUGGGUAUCUUUUUCGACACCUACAAGAACAAUCGCCCUGGAACCUCGUUCCCCUACGUUAUGGCUAUGAUGGGCGACGGAAAGACCAGCUACGACCAGGCGCAUGACGGCAAGGCCAAUGAGUUGGCCGGAUGUUCUGCUCGUGGUCUGCGAGGCGCCUCGAUCCCCACCAAGGCUCGUUUGACGUACUUCCAAGACAAGUCGUUGACCCUGGAUUUGCAGUACAAGUCUGAGGACGCUUGGACCAACUGUUUCACUCUGACCGCGCCAGAGACCAACAUCGCUAUUCCGUCCGUCGCGUACCUGGGCUUCUCCGGCGAAACUGGUGAAUUGAGCGACAACCAGGAUAUCAUCUCGGUGAAAUCGCAGAACCUUUAUAGUGUUGGACCUAGCGGCAAGUCUGGCCGCGGGCCAAGCCCCAACACUGACAGCGCCCGCGUCAAGAAGACCAGAAAGAGCAAGGGAAGCUGGAGCUGGUUCUUGUUCAAGACUGUUUUGUUCUUCGCUGCUGUUGCCGGUUGCUACGUUGGGUUCACCAUGUACCGGACGAAGCAGAGAUACUCGAGGUUCUAAGAGGUGGUAAGAAGAUUUUCAAGAAAAGGAAUGAAAACAGAAAGGAAAAAAAAAAAAAGAAUUCCGUAUGGUGUCUUGUUUCUACGUGAUUGCAUAGCCGUGUUGUUACUUUCGGAGAUUCCAAUAUAUUGAGACGAACAAAAGUUUCAUGAGCCCUCCUGCUGAUGGAAUAUGUAAUUUGAAGCUUUGAUAUUAGUUCAAUGCAGUAUAUGUGCCAGCCAUAGGAUAUUUGAACAGGCCUAUCAUGAUAGGAGUCUUCCGAACAUAAGUUUGCAGUGCUCACUGAGGGUAUCAUAUCCUAACCCGAACGCCGCCCUAAUGCAAUAGUCUCAACCUCAAUCACCGAGGUAUAUGCCCCUUCAAGAUUGCUUCCCCUUAGUCUCACUCCACAUAUCAUCAAUGAUCUGAAAAACCUCAGUCACACUGCGCAUGACCGCCUCAUCAAUCCCCAAAGCCCCAUACCGAUGCUGAAUCUUAUCCGGAUGCCACCGGACACGCUCCGCCUUCAAAACCGCCGCCAAAUCCUCCCCAUCCCCAGGCGCACGGCGCAUAAACUCCUCAACCGCCUCCCUCCCCAC